CGCUUGAUUAUGACCUGGCUCUGUUGGUGCUGAAGAAUGAUACAAUCAUCACAGUCAGUGAUACCGUGCAAGCAGCUUGUCUGCCGGAUGAAAGGAUGCCUUACGAUCUUGGAUUAAGGUGCUACGUCUCUGGUUGGGGCAAAACAGGAUUUGAUCAAGGAUUAUCGAGUGUGCUUCUAGGAGCAGAAGUAAACCUCAUCAACGAUUCUAUUUGCUCACAUGCUUACCAGAACAUGAAAAACAUUACAUCAAACAUGGUGUGCGCAGCUGAUAUUACUCGGGGUGAUUCCACCUGUAAAGGGGACUCUGGUGGACCAAUGGUUUGUACCAUUGAAGGCAUAUUCUACGUUAUGGGUGCAACAUCAUUUGGAUCUAAAUGUGGUGCACGAGGACAUCCGGGUGUCUAUGCGAAGAUAGGUGCGAUGUUGCCCUGGAUUAAAACGAUGCAAAGGUAUGAUUAA